GGUGGGGCCGCACGGCCGCUGCGCCCUCGGCCACCACGGCAUCGCCGCUGGCACGGCGCAUCUUCGGCCUGGGGACCUCGGAAAUUUUGGUCAUCCUUGCCAUUGGUGCGCUGGUCCUCGGCCCCGAGACGCUGAAGAGCGUCGCCAAGGAGGCUGGCAAGGCUGCGUCCGACUUGAAGGACGUGCCCGACGCCUUCCAGGAGGGCAUCAACCAGGGGAAGGCGCUGGAGAGCAAGGAGGAGCCAGAGAAGAAAUCGAAGGAGUCCGACUCAGCUGCCGGCAAGACUGCCGCCGGCGACAAAGUCGCAGAGAAGGCCUGA